AUGAGCUCUCAUACUCGGAGACCUUCACAAGACAGCCAGGAAUCCCAAAUCGUCGAAGAGAAAAUCGUCAAAAUAAACGGAGAAAUUGAAAUAAAAUCCUACUCAAAAGGAAGAUUUUUAGGAAAAGGAGGAUUUGCAAGAGUUUACGAAUUGCUAUCCCUAGAUGCCAAACAAAUAACUGCUGCCAAAAUUAUCAGCAAAAGCGCCUUAAAUAAAGCUAGAUCUCGUCAAAAACUAAUGAGCGAAAUAAAAAUACACAGAGCAUUAAAGCACCCAAACAUUGUUGGUUUUGAACAUUUUUUUGAGGAUAGCGAAAACGUGUAUAUUUUACUUGAGCUUUGUUCUAAUCAAACACUAAAUGAACUCCUUAGACGACGGAAAAGAUUAACUGAAAUCGAAGCCCAAUGCUAUUUGCUACAAUGUAUUGAAGGUCUAAAAUAUUUGCAUUCUCACCGUAUAAUCCACAGAGACAUUAAGCUUGGCAACUUAUUUUUAAAUGACAAAAUGCAAUUAAAAAUCGGCGACUUUGGCUUGGCAACAAAAUUGGAGUUUGACGGAGAGAAAAAAAGAACAAUUUGUGGGACUCCAAAUUAUAUAGCCCCUGAAGUAUUGGAUGGAAAAAUAGGCCAUUCUUAUGAAGUAGACAUAUGGAGCACUGGGGUAUUAGGAUAUACUUUAUUAGUAGGCAAACCUCCUUUUGAGACUUCUGAUGUGAAAACUACUUAUAGAAGAAUCAAGAUGAAUGCUUAUUCUUUUCCAGAAAAUAUCCCAGUUUCUGACGAAGCAAAAGAUUUAAUUUCAUCCAUUUUAGUUUCAAACCCAGCUGAUCGUCCUAAUUUAGAUGAAAUAUUAAAGCAUGAUUUUUUCUCAAAAAAUGCGAUCCCAAAGCUGCUGCCUGCGAGUACAUUAGCCGUUCCUCCUUCUUCGUCAUAUUUAAGACAAUUUGAUAUGAGUAACCGUGGCAGGGACAGCUUGCAAUUAACUAUGAAAUCCAGAUCUAGCUCGCAGCCUUAUAUUGGAAGUGGAAAAGACUCAAAGCCAGAUCCUCGACUUUCUUCACGGCCUGCGUCCAGCGAAAGAGUGGAAAAAGCUGAUAAUAACAUCAAAAAAGUGCCUUCAAUUUCGUCAUAUAACCCUACAGAAGAUGCAGAAGGGCCACAGAUAUGAGUAAAAAAAUGAAUUGACUAUUCAAGCAAAUAUGGGCUUGGAUAUUUGCUAUCAAAUUUUUGCUGUGGUGUUUAUUUUAAUGAUUCAACAAAGAUUGUAAGCCUUUAGUGGCUGAUUUCUAUAUUAUUUGAUUAACUCUGAAUCUCCCUUGGUUAUUAGUUUAUUUAAGUGCAUUUAUUUGUUGAGGGGAUAAGUGACCCAGCUGGCACAAUAUUUCAAUACAUACAUAGGCCAGGCUCUUCAAGAGAAGAAGAAAUCAUGACUUACACAUUUAAAGAAUUCCCCCCAGAACUUCAAAAAAAAAUGACACUUUUGCAGCACUUCAGAAAACACUUGUGUGACGAAGAAACAAAAACAAAUGAACCUCAUAAAGGGCUAACUUAUGUAAAAAAAUGGCUUUCGACCCCUCAUGCUAUUAUUUUCAGGUUAAGUAAUAAAAUUGUGCAAGUAAGCUUUCAAGAUAAAACUGAGCUUUUAUUGUGCAGUGAAAGUAAAUUCGUAACUUAUGUCAGCAAGAAAGGAGAAAGAAAUACGUAUCCAUUGCAUUCGGCGAUGGAGAGCAGGAAUAUGGAAAUGACAAAGAGGCUGAAAUACACAAAGGAGGUUUUGACAAGCAUGCUCCAUCCUAAUGCUGGAACUGGAGAGUAUAGGCAAUCUCUACAUGAUAGAGAUUUAUAA